AUGGACACUUCACAGACCCGACUACGAAAGCCACACCUCAGCGAGGAUAUGCCCGACCACCCGUCCGAGCAGCGCGAUCAACUCCUCGGACAAGCAUACGAUGGGCAAUCGGAAGCUACCAUUAAUUCGCAUGGCCUCAAUACAAAGCACCCCGAGUUCUUGGGCCGCUCGAUCUGGCGUGUCAUCAAGACGGCCCUCGGAUGCAGCUACGCUAACCUGCUUCUCCCGUUCGUGUUUCUGGGUAUGACGGCGGGAAGUCGAGGGUGGGAUGAUUCGAUUGUCUUUGUUUUCAACUUCCUAGCUAUCCUCCCACUGGCUGCACUGCUUUCUUUCGCUACGGAGGAACUGGCGAAAAGUGUUGGUCAGACGCUCGGAGGGUUGAUUAAUGCGACAUUUGGAAAUGCGGUGGAAAUGAUCGUGGGGAUUACGGCGGUCCGUCAGGGGGAGAUUAAUAUUGUUCAAUCCAGUAUGGUUGGAAGUAUCCUUUCUGGGAAUCUGUUGAUUCUCGGGGUAUCUUUAUUCUGCGGUGGCUAUUCAAAAGAUGCCGUCGAGUUCAAUGUCGAUGUCAGUGGUAUUCUAUCUUCGUUGAUGGUAAUAUCUUCUGCGACACUUAUCAUCCCGUCUGUGCUUUAUUCGACUAUUUCGUCCAAGUCUCACGAUGUCGAGGCCAGUGUGCUAAACCUCUCCCGGGCUGCCUCGGUAGUUCUACUGGGCUUCUACCUGGUCUACCUUUACUUCCAACUUAAGAGCCAUGCAGAGCUCUUCGUGGACGAUGAAUCCGAAGAAGAGGAGCCCCAAGUCUUGGGCCCCUGGCCGGCCAGUAUGAUCUUGAUUCUCGCAACAUUGGGUGUGACCGUCUGUUCUGAUGGCUUAGUGGAGAGUGUGGAUGGUUUUGUGGACAAGUGGCAUGUGAGCCGGGCCUUUAUUGGUCUUAUCGUCGUUCCAAUCGUUGGGAACGCGGGGGAGUUCAACACGGUUAUCAAUUCGUCUAUUAAGGGAAACAUGAAUCUGGCGAUCGGUGUGGUCGUGGGCAGCACGUUGCAAAUCGCCUUGUUCGUCAGCCCGUUCCUUGUGAUCUGCGGUCUGAUCAUCGGACAACCGAUGUCUCUCCGCUACAGUCCAUUCGAGACCGUGGUCUUUUUCUUGUCGGUAAUAGUGAUGGACUGCUUGAUCCGCGGGGGCCGAUCUAAUUACUACGAGGGAUCUUUAUUGGUUGGAACGUAUCUCAUUAUCGCCAUCGCAUUCUACGUGCACCCGGAUGCAGUCAAUGUACCCUUAGUGUGA